GCAGGAAGCCCAGGAAGUGACACCAGCGGCUCAGCCCUGAGGUCUUCGGCUCCGGCGGCCGAGUCCGAGACUUCCUGUGGGGGCCGGUGGUUCCUGGAGCCUGGGCGAUGGAGAACGGAGCGGUGUACAGCCCCACCACGGAGGAGGACCCCCGCUCCUCUAGGGGCGCCCGGAGCGGCCUCGCCGCCCACUUUUCCCUGGGGCGACUCCCGCCGCCGCGGCGCUUCCUCAAGGGCUUGCAGCUGCUGCUGUCUCUGUUGGCCUUUAUCUGUGAAGAAGUUGUAUCACAAUGUACUUUGUGUGGAGGACUGUACUUUUUUGAAUUUGUGAGCUGCAGUGCCUUUCUUCUGAGUAUCCUUUUCCUGAUUGUAUAUUGUACUUCAGUGUACGACAGAGUUGAUGCUAUGAAAGUAAAAUCAUCGGAUUUUUAUAUUACGCUGGGAACAGGAUGUGUGUUUUUGUUGGCAUCGAUCAUCUUUGUCUCCACUCAUGACAGAACCCCUGUUGAAAUUGCUGCAAUUGUGUUUGGCUUUUUAGCAAGUCUUAUGUUCCUCCUCGACUUCAUGGCUAUGCUCUGUGAAAAGCGGCGGGAGGCCCAGCUGAGGAAGUCGGAGGCCCCUCGAGUGGAAGCCCUCACUGAACCACUGAACGCAUAGCCCCCGCCAGGCGCUGUGGAAGGAAGCAGCUCUUCUUCCUGCAGCCUCAGCUCUGGCACGGGGUCUUACAGGGUGUGUGCAGUUGGUUAAACCACUUCUUUUUAAGAGCCAGGGGAAGCCAGGAAAUGUUUUUAUCAAUGUUAACCUGUGUGUCAGUCAUCACAAGUUAAGCCACAAGGUUUUUUUGUUGUUUUUUUUUUAAUUACUAUUGAAAUGUCUCAAAUGUAGGGCCGAGGAAAUGGCUCAGUGGAAUAAGCGCUUCCCUGGUAAGCACAGGGCCUGAGUUCAAUCCCCAGUUCCGGCAAAAAAAAGUUCUUAAGUUGGAGAGAAAGGCGAUUCUUUCUUUAAAGUACAUAGUUCAAAUAAUCAUAAAUAAUUCAUUCUUUCUUUCUUUUUUUUUUUUUUUUUUUUGCGGAACCAGGGAUUGAACUCAGGCCCUUGUGCUUGCCAGAGAAGCACUUAUUCCACUGAGCCAUCUCCCCGGCCCCUGUAAAUAAUUCUGUUAUUUUGUCACAGGACAUUUUCUGUGUAGGCUUAGCUUCUAACUUAUGCUUUGAAGCUGUAUAAACAGCAGUUAGUUUGUAGUGAUUAUGUUUGUUAAUAGAGACUAAUGUAUAUUUUAAAAAAUCAGUAUUUAAAAUGUUGGUCCAGUUUUUUUUCUUAAUAUAUACUUGGCUUUAUUAUAUAUCACUCAACCUUAAAAUUGUAUGGUAGCAUUUUAAGAUAGUUUUUAAUGCUUUCUGAGAAUUUUAGCCUAUAAUAUAAAAUGUAUGGGAGAUGUUAGUAUUUUUGUGUGUAAAGGCAACAUUAGCAGCCUCAUGUUUAUAUUGCACUUUGGUUGUUGAGAUCAAGUUCUUUUUAAAAAGAUUGUUAUGCAACACAUGGAAAAAUUAAACCAAUGCACACCUAAGGACCUUUUGGACUUUUGAGAAGAAUGGACUUUUUGCUCAGUACAGUGAAAAUAAUUAUAAAAACAGGCUUAAGCCACUUACCAUGCAUGUGAAGAGUAAAUUCAUGCUGAGUUGAAAGUACUAAAGUACUUUAUCUCUCUGUUAGCACAUAAUUCUUUCUACUUAAGUUGAUGCAGCUUUGUGGGUCCUCUUUUAUGUGUUCUGUCAGAGGGAAUAUUGGGUUUUUUAAAUUUUUUUUUUUUUUUUUUUUUU